AUGUCCAGCCUUUUUGCCUCGAUAGGGAAAGCAUUGAAAGCGGGGACACUGAGAGAAAGAUCGUCCGAUAAAGAUACGAUCGUUCAACUUUUCGAAGAUGCCAAUAAGAAAUUGGAAAAAUAUAUCGAAAAAUAUCGCGUCUCCUUGAAUAAAUGGUGGACAAAUAAAGUGGAGGGGAUCAGCUCUUUUCCAGUGGCCACUGAAAUGGAUCAGAGAGCGAUCGACUACAUGAAAAAAUACAGAGAAGUGCUUGAAGAACAGAUAUCGAAGUUAAAAAAUGAACCCACCGUAACGUUGGAUAUAUUCAUCUGGGGAGAAACUCCAUUCUCGUUCGACAACACCACAAAGAAGUUCAAUGAUCAACGAACUCAGAUUGAGCCUGGCAAGAUCAUCGAAUACACCGUCUUGCACCGCAGGAGUCGGACGAAGGACCGGGUAUUGAGUAGCUUUUCCCUAGAACUUUAUCCACAAUUCUACACCAAGGUCCCUGUAAAUGCGGAGGGCUUCGGUAAUGGGACGCGCACAAUACCUUCUAUCAUUCCUUGGGAACCAGUAUCCAUUUGCAAAAACAAGCCGUUGAAUAUCAUCGUAAAUCGGAGCCGUACCGCUGAACUGAAGGAAUUUUAUAUCGUCACCCCUGAAGGUCAACAAGUCUCAGUUCCUAAGCUCUAUUCAAAUGCAUGGGUCUUGCAAGGUCCAAUGGAAUCACCACGUAGUUUUGCGGUGCGCCGAAGAACUGUUUCCAAUUCGUUGGCCAUGUGGAAAGGAAUAUCGUUCCCAAUUGCCGAGCCUUAUGACCCAAGCUCCGACCACGACAGUAUAAUGUCUGAUAGUACGCAAACAGGCUCUGAAUACCUAGCUAGUAUACGAUAUCAAGAAAACCUAGCUGAAUCGAAUUUAACCCUGGUAGGACCGACAAACCGUGUUCCAUCAAACACUGCACCAGAUGCAAAUCCACCUUUGCCUUCAGAACCACGUCCCAACGCUACCAAGCAGUCGAUAUCCCCUGUUGUUGAACCCAACAACCCCCAAAGUCUGGUCAAGUCAACCGAAACUGCCGACAACAAUUUAGGUUCAUCGGGGAAUGCAGAUAUACAGGAACCCAUUGAAGAUGGUCAAGAGGAGGGAACUUCUCAAGUAGAGCUCCUUCCUGGAUGGAAAUCCACUAAACUCCGUCGUCCGGUUGAUGAUGCAACAACAAGGGUCGGGGUGGCCACCCCUGAGAAGGCUAAAUCCAAGAAGUGGUACCAACGGCUUUUUGGAAGAUAA